GACAAGGAAUAUAAGCUGAGGAGAAAGGACACCAGCCUCGUGGAGUAUGCUGAGGCAUUCCUGCAUGACCUGCUGCUCAUCUAAUGCCAUAGCCUGAACAGGUCUUUCUGGUUCUUGCUGAAGUGGUGGUAGUGGAAGGAGGUGUGGACUUAUGACUGUUUAUCCCCAAACAUCUCUGUGAUCUUUCUUUUCCCACUUUUGAACUUCCCUUGAGAUAACACAGAGAAAUAUCUUCCUUGAAGGCUGCAGCAGCCUGAGCUCAAUCAAGUUGAACUGAUUAUAGGAGAUAACCUCGUCCCGGUGCUCUGGAAAGCCCUGCUGCCGGGUGAAGGAGGUGAAGCUAAAGGAGCUCAGCAGCGUUGGUGUGGGUUAGAGGAACUGUGUCUUUGAACCUCAGAGAAAGCUGCUGUGAGCCUGCCUGGAUGAUUCCUUGCUUUUCCUGCCGAUCAGCCUGUUGAAAAUGGGUUAACAACGUUUGACCAUGGUGGUCACCCAACUGCAGUUGGAGCUGUGCUUCCAUGGGAAGAAACUGAGAGGUUUUACCUGUCAGCUGACCAGGUCAGCCAAUGGAUUUCUUCCAGAGACAUCCUUCUCCAUCGCCUCACAGAUUUUCAUACCAUUCCUUUUGGCUGGUUUGGGCAUGGUGGCUGCCGGCCUGUUGAUGGACGUUGUUCAACAUUGGGAUGUGUUUCGGACAAUUACAGAAGUUUUCAUCCUGGUUCCUGCCUUGGUUGGCCUGAAGGGUAACCUUGAAAUGACACUGGCAUCCAGACUGUCUACUGCUGCUAACACUGGUCAGAUGGAUGAUACCCAGGAACAGUGGAAGAUGGCCACCUGCAAUUUAGCGCUGAUUCAGGUACAAGCUACUGUGGUGGGGCUUCUGGCUGCUGUAGCUGCUGUCAUCCUGGGAGCAAUCUCAAAGGGGUAUGUGGAGCUGAAUCAGGCAGCGGUUCUGUGCGCCAGCAGUGUGACUACAGCAUUCAUAGCCGCGCUCUCACUCGGUCUGGUGAUGAUUGGAGUAAUUAUUGGUGCCAGGAAAGUGGGAAUAAACCCGGACAACGUCGCCACCCCCAUAGCAGCAAGCCUUGGAGACUUGAUAACCCUUUCUCUUCUGGCAGGAAUCAGCAGCACCCUCUUCAAAUACAUAGAUGUGAAAUACCUGUCACCUCUCAUCUGUGUAGGCUUCAUUGUCAUGAUCCCUCUUUGGGUGGCCAUUGCCAGGCAGAGUCCUUCUCUUGCCACUGUCCUGAAAUCUGGAUGGCAGCCGGUCAUUGUUGCAAUGAGCAUCAGCAGCAUUGGUGGGCUAAUCUUGGACAAAACUGUAAGCAACCCGAAGUUCGAGGGCAUGGCAGUGUUUACACCCGUGAUUAAUGGGGUUGGUGGGAAUCUGGUUGCCAUCCAGGCCAGCCGCAUCUCCACAUUCCUGCACUUCUGGAGUUCGCCUGGAGUCCUGCCCCACAAGAUGAGACAGAGCUGGCCCAACCCAUUUACCACCUUCUUCACAUCAGGGGUGAAUUCCAAGUCUGCCCGUGUCUUGUUCCUGCUGGUUAUCCCAGGGCACCUAGUGUUCCUCUACACCAUUCACCUCUUGCAGGGAGGCCACAUGUCCAUAACCGUCACAUUCGUGAUGUUUUACCUAACGGCUGCCUUGCUGCAGGUGGGAAUCUUGCUCUAUAUGGCUGACCUAAUUGUACGACUCAUGUGGAAGAAGGCACUGGAUCCAGAUAACUUCUCCAUCCCAUACCUCACUGCCCUGGGAGAUCUCCUGGGCACUGGAUUCCUGGCACUUUGCUUCCGCUUGGUUUGGCUCAUCAACGGUGCAGAUAUGAGCCUGGGAAACUAACAGGAUCUGUGUUGCAGCAUUGUGCCAUCGCUGCUCUGCAAAGCCAGUCAGUCAAUAUGGUGCUUUAAUACGGUCCAACAGGGUAUGUAGAAAUACCAACCAAGUCACUAAGCUGGAAUGGGUAUUGCAUCUCUUCCCACCCUCCUGUUUGCCACUUCAGUGCCUUGCAGCUGUGUAAUUCAAGUCCAGAGAAUCGGUACCCAUGUGGGCUUCUGCAGUGUUAAAGUGACCAAACCAUCUCAACACACUGCAUUCUGUGUAUGCCUGUUCCUGGCAAAGGAGGGGGUGCGAGACUCUCAGGUCCUAUCAUGGUUUAGCAAUAUAUUCCUAUAGCAGCCUGGUAACUCCAAGACUCAUACAGAGCCUGAUGAAGUCGGUGGGAGACUUUGGAUCAGAUCCUAGAAGAGGCUGUUUCAAUCGGGCUCCGACUGUCAAUUAAAAAAUAUUUGCUGCCCCUCUUCUCUCCCACCCCAGCGGGGGAAAAAAUUCAGUAAAGCCCUUAACGUUUCUCUCUCCAUAAUUCAGACACUCAGGGUCUGACGUGGCCUGUUCCUCAUUGCAUUACAGCCCAUAGAAGGGUUGUUAAGAGCAGGGGCCUAACUAAAUCAACCUGUCACUGUCUGAUGAGAGGGAUUUUUUGUGGUGGUUGUUUUCCAAUUUAAGAAAUACCUGUUCAGUAGUUUUAUGGUUUAUAGAAGCACACAAAAAAAUAAAAUGCAAAAAGUGCA